AUGUCGAAACAUACAACUAUGGUAAUUCAAACUGAACAAGGUGAAGGCAGAAUCACUGGUGAUGCAACCAUUUUCCCAGCACCUCGUAUUACUCCUCCACCUUUUUUUAUUAGAUUCUUGGGAGGUUAUAAAACUGAAGGAUUAAACCUAUGGAAUGAUGAUCGAUUGGCAAUAGCAUCAAUUUCAGUCACAAGAGAUGGUCAAAUUUAUCCAAUCCCAAGUGCCAGAGGAGGGUCAAGAACAGAUUCAGAUGAUGGAAUCAUUGAUUUUUCUCUUUACUUGAAUGAGAUUCCAACUGUUGCAUUACCAACUAAUUAG